CCGCCUGGGCGGGGCUCCGCGCCGGGGCCAGGAGGCGGCUCGGGCAGCGGGACCCGCAGAGCGGAGGCCGGCGGCGCCAUGGCGGGCUGCUGCGAAGUGCUGCGGCCCUUCCUGUUCGAGUACGACACGCCGCGCAUCGUGCUCAUCCGCAGCCGUAAAGUGGGGCUCAUGAACCGCGCGGUGCAGCUGCUCAUCCUGGCCUACGUCAUCGGGUGGGUGUUUGUGUGGGAAAAGGGCUACCAGGAAAUGGACUCUGUGGUCAGCUCAGUUACUACCAAGGUCAAAGGUGUGGCUGUGACCAACACUUCUAAACUUGGAUUCCGGAUCUGGGAUGUGGCUGAUUACGUGAUACCACCUCAGGAGGAAAACUCCCUCUUCAUUAUGACCAACAUGAUCAUUACCAUGAACCAGACCCAGGGUACCUGUCCUGAGAUUCCAGAUAAGACCACUGUUUGUGAAUCAGAUGCCAAUUGCACUGCUGGCUCCGCAGGCACCCAUAGCAACGGAGUCUCGACGGGCAGAUGCGUGCCUUUCGACGGGUCUGUGAAGACGUGUGAGGUGGCAGCCUGGUGCCCAGUGGAGGACGACAGACACGUGCCAAAACCUGCUUUUUUAAGGGCUGCAGAAAACUUCACUCUUUUGGUUAAAAACAACAUCUGGUAUCCCAAAUUUAAUUUCACCAAGAGGAAUAUCCUUCCCAACAUCACCACUGCUUACCUCAAAUCGUGCAUUUAUGAUGCUAAAACAGAUCCCUUCUGCCCCAUAUUCCGUCUCGGUGACAUAGUGGAGAACGCAGGACACAGCUUCCAGGACAUGGCUGUCGAGGGGGGCAUCAUGGGCAUCCAAGUCAAUUGGAACUGCAACCUGGACAGAGCCGCUGCCCUCUGCCUGCCCAAGUACUCCUUCCGCCGCCUCGACACCCGGGACGUCGACCACAACGUGUCUCCUGGCUACAAUUUUAGGUUUGCCAAGUACUACAGUGACUUCGCUGGCAACGAGCAGCGCACACUCAUCAAGGCAUACGGCAUCCGCUUCGACAUCAUUGUGUUCGGAAAGGCUGGGAAAUUUGACAUCAUCCCUACCAUGAUCAACAUCGGCUCCGGCCUGGCGCUGUUGGGGGUGGCGACAGUGCUGUGUGAUGUCAUAGUCCUCUACUGCAUGAAGAAAAGAUACUACUAUCGGGAGAAGAAGUAUAAAUAUGUGGAAGAUUACGAGCAGGGUCUUGCUAGUGAGUGACGGACCAGUGAUGCCUACCCCACACCUGGGCUCCCCACGGCCCCAUCGAAGCACAGUGAGGAGGAGGGGGAAACGGCUGCCACAUCACCCCAGAGAAGGUUCUGGACUCCGACUCAUUCUCCACAAGUACUCAGGGUUGCCCAGCAGCCCCUGGGUUUUGUGUUUCGGGUUUGUUUGCCCACUCAGCACAGUAGGUUACCAGUCCGUUCUUGGCUGGGUCAACUCUGCUGUCCCUGCAGCCUGGGGUCAUCGGGGUGAGCGCUGGCCUGGGGGCAGUGACACUGCUGUCGCUUCCAGGGCUGGGGCCUGCCCCAGGGCAUCGGGGGCUGGCCAUCCUUGGAAGUUCCUGUCUGCAGUUCCCUGCGGGACAGGCCCAACCCUCCCGGCCAUGGCAACUCUGGUCAAGCACUUUAUGGGGAAGGGAAGCCACCUGGUGUGGUCAGGAGACUUUCAGCACGCCAGGCUGCCAUCCCUCUCCCCACAACCAGGGACUGUGUCCUUGAGGUCAUGAGGUAGAGUUAGGUGACUGAGGACCAAACAUUAAAACAUGAUUUUUUUCCUUAA